CAGGAAAGGAAAGAGGGAAAACCGAGUUGUGCUCCACAGAAUGUUGGGGCGUGUCACCCAGUAGCGCCUCCGCCGGGGAAAGGACUUGCUCUUGCUCGUGGAAAGCCGAACCCUCGGCCCGGUAGGGGGCGGGGGGGGGGGGGGAAGGUUAGAGAAGUGGAUGAUUCGUCGCUCUCCUCGUCGGGUCUUUCGGCGCGGGACGCUCCUAUGACCCCGGCUGGGGCCGCCGCCAAGCCGAGCGGGAGAGGAGCAAAGCCGCAGGAGAUGGCGUCUCAGCCGCCGCCUCCGCCGAAGCCUUGGGAGACUCGGAGGAUCCCGGGGGCAGGAACAGGACCCGGGCCCGGCCCCUCCUUCCAAUCUGCUGAUUUGGGUCCUACUUUAUUGACAAGGCCUGGGCAACCAACUCUUACAAGAGUACCCCCACCAAUUCUUCCAAGGCCAUCACAGCAGACAGGAAGCACCAAUCUCAACACUUUUAGACCUGCUUACACUUCCUUUUCUUCUGGUUAUGGAGCAUAUGGAAAUUCAUUUUAUGGAAACUACAAUCCUUAUAGUUAUGGAUAUGGUGGGUUAGGCUAUAACCGGUUCCGUAUGGAUGAUCUCCCUCCCAGCAGAUUUGUCCAGCAAGCUGAAGAAAGCAGCAGAGGUGCAUUUCAGUCCAUUGAAAGUAUUGUGCAUGCAUUUGCUUCUGUCAGUAUGAUGAUGGAUGCCACCUUUUCAGCUGUCUAUAACAGUUUUAGAGCUGUUUUGGAUGUAGCCAAUCAUUUUUCCCGGUUGAAAAUACAUUUCACAAAAGUGUUUUCAGCUUUCGCGUUAGUUAGGACUAUACGAUAUCUCUACAGAAGGUUGCAGCAGAUGAUGGGUUUAAGAAGAGGCUCUGAGAAUGAGGAUUUAUGGGCAGAAAGUGAAGGUACUGUGGCUUGCCUUGGCCCAGAAGAUAGAGCAGCUAACUCAGCAAAAUCUUGGCCAAUAUUCUUGUUCUUUGCUGUUAUCCUGGGGGGUCCUUAUCUUAUCUGGAAACUACUCUCCACCCACAGUGAGGAAGUAACAGCUACCACCAAUUGGGCAAGUGGUGAGGAUGACCAUGUUGUAGCUAGAGCAGAAUAUGAUUUUGCUGCUGUUUCUGAAGAAGAAAUUUCUUUCCGGGCUGGUGAUAUGCUAAACUUGGCACCCAAAGAACAACAGCCCAAAGUUCGUGGCUGGCUUCUUGCUAGCCUUGAUGGUCAAACAACAGGACUUGUGCCAGCUAAUUAUGUCAAAAUUCUUGGUAAAAGAAGAGGUAGGAAAACAGUGGAAUUGAAUAAGAUUACAGAGCAGCAACGAGCUUUUACCACCUCAGCCCUAAUUAGUGGAACUACUGCUGCUGACACAUUGGAGGAGCAGGAAGCUGCCUUUGAAUCGGUUUUUAUUGAAAAUAAUAAGGUUCCAGUUACAUCUGAAUCCACUGGCAAAAGUGGAGAUAAACAAGAUCUUUGAUAUCCUUCAUGUUUACUUACAAUUGAACUGUUUCCCAAAAAAAAUACAUUUUUGAUAUUUCUUUAAAAGAAAUAGCCCACAAUCUAAUGCAAACGUGUUUUGGCUCUCGUAGGUGUUUUUGCUGCUAGAAGAUAUUUAAAUUGUACUUUAGUAAGCUGGUUCAGAACAUGACCUGGUUUCAUUCUCAAGUUAUUGGAGUAGGAGGUUUUCUUGGUCUUGGAUUAAGACUGCCUAUUUCUCACCAAUUGCCCCAUUGUUUAUUGAAAGUUACUUUGAUGAGCUAUAGGAUGUAGUUUAUUGGAAUGUAGAACACUAAUUUUUUAAGACUUCUAAUGAGAUUGUCUGAGAAUCCUCAGAAAUUAGGAGAUAAUAUAUAAGAAAGUAAGAGCCAGGCAAAAAAAAAGAGGUUUUUAAGUAACAACUUCCCAAAGUGGGUUAAGGGCAGAUAGCCAGAGAUGUGUCCUUUAAGUAAGAACUCUUGGAUGAUAAGAAUUAUAUGACCUUUGUUGCAGCCCAGUUCUGCAUCAUUUGCUUUUGAUUAUAUUUUUCCACCAUUUAAGAAUAAUUUCUUAUUUAUCCUUUUUUUAAAAAUAUCUUGAAAAGUUCAGUAGAAGCAUUUCAAAUAAAACUGCUUCCUAGAAUGAUUUAAAGACUAUAUGCAGCACCAAAAUGUCCUCUGUGGUAGUUGUGAUUUUUUUUUUUUACUCCAGAAUGUCUCCAUUUCUUUGUGCUGAGAAUCCUACAUCUUUUGAGCUCUUAAAAUUAUGGCCUCUUUUAUGAAAAGAGAGUCAGAGCAGCUCUUUGAGGCUGAGUAAAAUGAUUUACCCAAUUCUAGCAGUGGUGAUGUUUAACUUUCUCAUUAAACCCUAUUUAUAUCUUAGUAUAAUUACUUUUUAAAAUUUCACCUGCAGAUAGUCUGCAAAGAUAUUAAAAAUAUUACAGGUUUUCGUUUAGAUUUAGGUUUUGCAGCUAACAAAGCAAAGCAGAUCACAAAAUACUAUAUUGCCAUUCAGUUAAGUAACCUACUUGAUUUGAGUUCUGUUUAAAUAAUGAUUUCAAAUGCAAUUAAAUUUCAGGGUGCUUAAAUAUCUUAUAGCAAAAUCUGGAGUUUCUUGUAAACCAUGAUCAUACAUGACAGUGAUUGGUAAAAAAUAAUUUUCUUUAACACUAAGCUCAAAAUAGUAAGGUGCUUUAAGAUGAUGUCUAAAACUGAAUUAUUUGGUGGAAUUAUGAUUAUGCUUUUACAUUUCUUCGCUUAAACUUUAUGUUCACUGAGUAAUUUUAGAACAGACUCUACAACAUGAGUAGCCUAAAUGAAAUUUACUAAAAGACAUCUCUGAAACUUGUUUUUAAAAUAGAUAUUAUUUAAAUUAGUACUCCUAUCUGAAGAAGAAAAUGAGUAUCUUAGAAUUUUAAAACAUAUGAGAGAGAUAAAAAGGUGUAGAGAAAAUGAACUUCCUAAAUAUGUUAUUUAGAGAUUCAGCCAAGGUAUAUAAACAAGUCUUUAAAUAUUAUUUUUAUUAUUGAUUUUUUUCUGAUUUUUGUGGUUCAUUCUUAGAUGUAAUUGUUGGGAUCCAGUUCAUGGAAUCUAAAUCGCAUACCAGAAUUCUUUCUAAAGCAGAUUACUUACUUAAUUUGAUGUUAGGACAGCCAAAUUGAAUGGGAGUACAAUGGAAGUAAAAAAGCCUUGAAACUUAGUGGUGGCCUCAUUAAAUUUGAUGGAAGUAUUUAUUUCCUAGGCUAGGGAUUGUGGUUGCUAUUAAGAAUGGAAAAGGAAUAACAGCACAAAGUAAUAAGGUGGAUAACUAUAAUUUCAUCUUCCAUUGGGGUAGUUCUUAUGUCCUUGAUGUUUUUAGUAUGGUAAGUUGCUAUAUAAAUUAUCUGAGUGGUGAGUAUAUGUAUGUGUGGGAGUCCCUAUUUUACUGGAAAACCAGGAAGGGAAUUGAGAAUUUUGAGUAAGCAAAGGAAGUCUGAACUUUCUGUUAUCAUGACCUUUACAAUAUAAUUUUUCAGGUAGGGCUAAAUGUGUUCACUGUUCAGGCCCCAAGUUUUCUCCUUUAUCAAUUAUUUAAUUAAGGAAUGGAUAUUUUAAAGAAACUAUUAACCAAAACAUUUUCAAGUUAAAUAACAUGAUCCUCACAUUAUCAGUAAGUAGACAUUUAGCAUUUUCAGUUUUUCUGAUUGUAUUCUUUGACCUAUUGACUUAAAGAAAACAAAGUAAAGAUACUGUAGUUUGUUAGUCAUUUAAUGUUUCAUUUUUAGGUAUCUGAUUUAGUCUAUCACUGUCAUAACUAUACAUUAACUUGAAUAAAAUUAUACUUUGUUGUUUUCUUAAUGGAAAAAAGAGACAGAAAAUGGAUACAGUUAAAAUAUAUUUUAUUUUUUAAAUGAUUGUGAAAUCACAUGUACUGUAUAAAUAAAAAUAAAUUAAGUUUCACUGAUAUUUUCUGCAGGUGACCUGAUAACUCUAUUUUUCAAUUCCAAAAGCUAGUAUGAGAAGUGUUUGGUUUUUUUAAAGUUAAUUUUCUCAUGUCAUGCACAUCGGAUUAUUUCCAACCCAUUUACAUGUUCUCUUUCUUCUGGAUUUAAACACUUCCCAAUAAAAAUAGUUUUAUUUUCUUAUAAAAGUUAUAUUAAAUGCUGUAUAACUGGUGUAAAGAAGCUAGGACAGUGAAUCAGAAGACCUGGACCUAGCACCAUCACUAAUUAUUCAUGCGUCCUUGGGCAAGUCACAUAACCAUUUGUCUCAGCUGCAGAAAAGGAAGAAAUAUGUGCCCUACCUACUUCACAGGGUUGUUGUGAGAAUCAAAUGAGAUUAUGUGUUUAUAAAAAUUAUUUGAAAAGCAUAAUAUGAUAACUGUUGGGAUAGAGACACAGCCAUGAUUUUGGCAGUAGGCAAUACAUUUAUUCGAACACUGUAUAAGUAAAUAUUAGUCCUGGAGAAUGGAAGAAGGUGGAGAAGACUACAAAUUUUAUAAUUUUAAAUUUUUUCAUAAAGGUACCUAACAGAACAGAAGGUCUUAACUUGGGGUCUGUGAACCACCCCCCUCCCCACUGUCGUUUGUGGAUUGAUUUCAGAGGGUCCAUUAACUUGGGGGGGAUGGAAGAGAAUUCAUCUUUUUUCUCUCUAACCUCUAAUGGAAAUUUAACAUUUCCUUCAAUUUUGAAUGUUGGCAACAAACGUUUUUAGAAGAAGGGAUCCAUAGAUGUUACCAAACUACCAUUGAAGUUCAUGACACAAGAAGGCUUAAGAACCUCUGCUAUAGAGCUGAAAUGUAGCCAUUGGUAACAGUAAUAUUGUCAUGUUUGUGUAGAAUACUUUUUUACCCUCAAAAAGCUUGUUUUAUCAAUUAUGACAUAGUUAUACAUGGCAUAUAUAUUAUAAUUACAUAUAAUUGUGCACAAAAUAAAAAGUACUUCUGCCAAA